AUGUCUCUAGACGUAAAGGAAAAGAAAGAAGUACGUCUGGUGUUCAUGGGAGCUGCUGGCGUGGGCAAAACAGCUCUAAUCCAGCGCUUCUUGCAGGACCGGUUCGAACCGAAGCACCAGCGGACCGUAGAGGAGCUCCACAGCAUGGAGUAUGAGGUGGCUGGCAUCAAAGUGACUGUGCACAUCAUGGAUACAAGUGGCAGCUACUCCUUUCCAGCUAUGCGUAAACUCUCAAUCCAGAAUGGCGAUGUCUUCGCCCUGGUGUAUUCCUUGGAUGACCCCGAGUCACUUGAAACAGUUAAAAGUCUGCGCAAGGAAAUCCUGGAGAUCAAAGACAAUAAGUUCACACCAGUGGUUGUGGUGGGGAAUAAAGCAGAUUGUAAAAGUGACAGAAGUGUAAAAGCUGAAGAUGUUGUUGCCACCAUGGAGCUGGACUGGAACUACUGCUUCUUGGAAGCCUCGGCCAAAGAGAACAAAAAUGUGCUGGAGGUGUUUAGAGAACUGCUACAGCAAGCCAAUGUGCCAAGUCGUCUGAGUCCAGCACUAAGGCGCCGCAGAGAGACGUUCCCCAAGAACGCAGGAGUAAGGCCACCCAUGAACAAGACCAACAGCUGCACCAUGUCCUAAAGUUCACAGGACGAAGGAGCAUUUUAACUCAUUCAAAUACAGCAUCUUUCUUAUUAUCUCAGUACUGACAAUGAACAAGAUGGAAACUGCUGAUAAGAGGAAAAGAAAAAGUAAACAAGAACUUAAAUUGUGUGGGAAAAGAAGGAACCGCUGAGUGUUUGGAAAAAAAUAUAGUGAAUUUUAUGGCAGUUAUUUUCAAACAUAAGUUGCACUAAACUUCUAAAGCUCUGAUAAAAGCUUACUGUCAAGUGUUAACAUGAUGCAAGUGGGCAAGCCAGUAAAACAUGUAUUCUAUUAUUUAAAAAAAUAUAUGACC